AUGGGCCCUCUGCGCCGCAGCCUCCCCGGGCUGCUGCUGCUGCUUUUGCUGCUAAUGCAGGUCUCCCCGCGGCUGUGCCAGGAGCCUGAGCCGUGCCACCCCGGCUUUGGCUCCGAGAACUACGUGUUCACCGUGCCCCGGCGGCACUUGGAGCGAGGCCGCGUCCUGGGCAGAGUGAGCUUUGAAGGCUGCACCGGCCGCCCCAGAACGGCCUACUUCUCUGACGACUCCCGAUUCCAAGUGGGCACAGACGGUGUGGUCACAGUCAAACGGCCCCUGCAGCUUCACAACCCGGAGACCAUCUUUCACGUCCAUGCCUGGGACUCCAGCUACCGAAAACUGUCUACCAGAGUCACGCUGAAGGCUGUGGGGCGCCACCGCAACCACCGGCACCACCAUUCGCAUGAUUCUCCCACUGGGACCCAGCCGGAGGUGCUCACCUUUCCCGAAUCCCACCAUGGUCUCAGAAGGCAGAAGCGAGACUGGGUCAUUCCUCCCAUCAGUUGCCCAGAAAAUGAGAAGGGCCCAUUUCCUAAAAACCUGGUUCAGAUCAAAUCCAACAAGGACAAAGAGACCCAGGUGUUCUACAGCAUCACCGGCCAGGGGGCCGACAAGCCCCCCGAGGGCGUUUUCAUCAUCGAGAGGGAGACGGGGUGGCUGAAGGUGACAGAGCCUCUGGAUCGAGAGCACAUUGCGAAGUACACUCUCUUCUCUCAUGCCGUGUCAUCCAAUGGGAAUGCCGUCGAGGACCCCAUGGAGAUUGUGAUUUCGGUGACAGAUCAGAACGACAACAGGCCGGUGUUUACCCAGCCUGUCUUCGAGGGAUCUGUUGUGGAGGGUGCACUUCCAGGAACCUCCGUGAUGCAGGUCACAGCCACAGACGCUGACGAUAACAUCAACACCUACAAUGCUGCCAUUGCUUACGAGAUCCUCAGCCAGGAUCCCACGCUGCCUCACCAGAACAUGUUUAUGAUCAACCGGAACACAGGCGUCAUCAGCGUGGUCGCCACCGGCCUGGACCGAGAGACUUACCCCACGUACACCCUGGUGGUUCAGGCUGCCGACCUCCAAGGCGAAGGGCUCAGCACGACGGCAGUGGCCGUGAUCACGGUCACCGACGUCAACGACAACCCUCCCGUCUUCGACCCCACCAUGUACACGGGCCAGGUGCCCGAGAAUGAGGUCAACUACCUGAUAGCCACGCUUAAGGUAACCGACAAAGAUGCCCCCAACACUGAACCAUGGUUGGCCCAGUACACCAUAUUGAAUGACCCUGAAGGCCAGUUCGAAGUCACCACGGACCCAGUGACCAAUGACGGGCUCCUGAAGACAGCCAAGGGCCUGGACUUUGAGGCCAAGCAGCAGUAUAUCCUCCAUGUGAGCGUGCAGAAUGUGGUCCCCUUCGAGGUGACUCUCCCCACCUCAACAGCCACAGUGACCGUGGACGUGACGGAUGUGAAUGAGGCUCCCAUCUUCAUGCCCCCUGAGAAGAAGGUGGAGGUGCCCGAGGACUUCGGCGUGGGCCUGGAAAUCACGUCCUACACGGCCCGCGAGCCGGACACGUUCAUGGAACAGAAGAUAACGUAUCGGAUUUGGAGAGAUGCUGCCAACUGGCUGGAGAUUAAUCCCGAGACGGGUGCUAUCUCUACGCGGGCCGAGAUGGACCGAGAAGACACAAACUACGUGAAGAACAGCACCUAUACAGCCAUCAUCAUCGCCACCGACAAUGGUUCCCCAGUUGCUACUGGAACGGGUACCCUGCUCCUGAUCCUGUCCGAUGUGAAUGACAACGGGCCUGUCCCUGACCCUCGUAGGAUGGACUUCUGCCAGAGGGACCCCCAGCCGCAGCUCAUAAAUAUUAUCGACCCUGACCUCCCUCCCAACACAUCCCCCUUCACAGCCGAGCUCACCCACGGGGCCAGCGUCAACUGGACCAUCGAGUACAGUGAUCCACGCCAAGAGUCCAUCAUUUUGAAGCCAAAGAAGACCUUAGAGUUGGGCGACUACAAAAUCAACCUCAAGCUCGUGGACAACCAGAAUAAAGACCAGGUGACCACCCUGGACGUCCUCGUGUGCGACUGUGAAGGAGCCGUCAACAACUGCAUGAGGGCCAACUACGUGGAGGCGGGGUUGCAAGUGCCCGCCAUCCUGGGAAUCCUUGGAGGAAUCCUGGCUUUGCUACUCCUGCUGCUGCUGCUGCUGCUGUUUGUGCGGAGGAGAGCGGUGGUCAAAGAGCCCUUGCUGCCCCCUGAAGACGACACGCGGGACAACGUGUACUACUACGAUGAAGAGGGAGGUGGCGAGGAGGACCAGGACUUUGACCUGAGCCAGUUGCACAGAGGCCUGGAUGCUCGCCCGGAAGUAAUACGCAACGAUGUGGCCCCGACCCUCAUGAGUAUGCCCCAGUACAGGCCCCGGCCCGCCAAUCCCGAUGAGAUUGGGAACUUCAUCGAUGAGAACCUGAAGGCGGCCGACACAGACCCCACAGCGCCGCCCUACGAUUCCCUGCUCGUGUUCGACUAUGAAGGCAGUGGCUCUGAAGCUGCCUCCCUAAGUUCCCUCAACUCCUCCGAGUCUGACCAGGACCAGGACUACGACUACCUGAACGAAUGGGGCAACCGCUUCAAGAAGUUGGCUGACAUGUACGGUGGCGGCGAGGACGACUAGGGAGGUCCCAUGUGGCGGCCGGCGCACAGGCUUUCCCAGCACCCUUCCUUUGAGAUGAGUUUCCAGGAAAGAGACCCCAACCAAGGAUGCAGUGACGAUAGUUAGCAUUUUCAGUUCAUGUCGCUCUCAUCUGUGUGUGGGAGAAAGAACUGAGGUGUCCAUCCACUCUCUCCCGGACAGUCUGGCCAAUGAUUUGCAGCUGACUUCAGGCUCCUGUUCCACAGGGAUGGGAGGAGCCAGCUGCUGUGCUUGUCUGUUUCUCCCCUCAUCCCUGUACUGCUGUCCCAAGCCUGCCCUCGUUGCUGGGCCCCACUGCUGUGCAUCCUUCCCGUCCCUGGGACCUGGGUCAGGCCCUGUCCCUUGGCUGAAUUCUGCAUGCUCUAAUGACUCCACAUAGUUUUUCCUUUUUCAUCUCUCAUGAACAUGAACUUGGUCCUGCUGGGGCCCUACCACUGACAUGGGCUGCAGGGCAGGGGCAACGGGAGAGGGUGAGGGGGGAGUUUUGGCCACAGAGCGAGCCAGUGCUGAAGGCAGCCACCUCACACUUGCGUCAGGAUGGAGGACUUGCACCAUGCUGCCCACCCAAGCUCCUUGGACCCUGGUUGGUCCCCGAAGCCCAGGAUUCCGAGGUGCCUGCUUUGGAUGACGUCGGUGAAGCGUGCUGGCUGGUCUGGAUGUUUGCCCAGUUCCCAGUGUGCACACAAGACCAAGGACAUCGCUGCUUCCAUCGUGCUUUCUUAGGAGCAGGAAGUGAGCGGUGUGAAGGACUGGUAUUGUGGCACAGCAGGUUAAGCUGAGGCUUACAACCCAAGCAUCCCAUGCCAGAGCACCAGUUCCAUUCUGGUUACAAAGAUCUAGCUCCUCGCUAUGUGCCUGAGAAAGCAAUGGCGGGUGGCCCAGGUACUUACUUGGGCACUGCCACCCACAGGGUUGACCCUGGUAGAGUUCCUGGGUCCUGGUAUCAGCCUGCAGCCUGGCCUAGACCUGGCUGUUGUAGCCAUCUGGGAGUUGAACCAGGGAAUAGAAGUUCAGUCUUUCUCUCUCACUGUCACUGUAACUUUCAAAUCAAUCAAUCAUCUUAAAAUUUUGUUAGCUGUGGCUGAAGAAGAUCUUGAUUUGGUCUUUUUUUUAAUUCAGAAGGUAAAAAGACUUGAUGGAAGGGGUUCUUUCGGAAGGAGACAUCAUGUAGGCAAUCGCUUUUCGGGAUUCUUCUGAUGGUUUAAACUGUGCUUAGUGUAGUUCUUUCUGUACAGAGAAUGUCACUAUAGUUUUGAGUGCACAUGUGUGUGGGUGCUGAUCAUUUUGUAUUUUUUGUUGGGGGCUGAAAAAGAACAAUUCAAGCCAGAAAAAUUAUUCUGAGAUGCAUUUUUAUAAACUUUAUUAAAGAAUUUUAUUA